AUGGAGAACCACGGGAGAGCCAUAAUAAACUCCAGCGAUCAGCCGCCGGAGUUUGAGUUCGGAUCUUUGACUCCAUCAUCUCCAUCACAAGACUCAGAAAAUUCUCCCGCCGAUCACCUCUUCUUCAACGGCCGUCUCUUGCCACACGUUUUUCCAGCACCGAACAAUAACACCAGGUGGUCAAUCUCACGUACAACCAGCGAACACAUCUCCCGGAGCACUAGCACGAACAGCCGGAGUAGUUUCGGUAGUAGUAGUAAUAGCAGCUCAACUUCUAAUUACUCUCCCAGAACGAGCAGUUUCAACGGUAACAACAUCAGUACCAUAAACCACAGGCCUUUGGAUUUGAAGCCUACGACUAGUAUAUACGGCGAAACCGUAAAUACGACGAAUAUGGUGAAAACGUCUCUAUACAGGUCGUAUUCAUCACAGCGGUGGCAAUAUAUAACUCCUGCACCGGUGAAAAGAAGUGGAGGGAUAAGAGUCGGUGGCCGGAAGAAGAAGAAGGCGGCGAGGAUUAGGAAGAAGGCGGAAGAGAGAAGAGGGAGUAGGGUGAUGAAGUGGUGGAGAAGGAUUUUAAUGGCGGCGAUUUUUGCUUGUAGAGAGUGCCAUGCAUUGGAGGGAGCCUAA